GCGGGGUCUGGGAUCUUCUUCGGCUCUGACUGACAGCCCGGGCGGCGCCAUGGCCGCGGAUCGGCGCGCCAAGACCGAUACUCUGUCACUGCGACGGCGGCUCCUCAGCUCUUCCUGCAGACUCUUUUUCCCUGAGGAUCCUGUUAAGAUCGUCCGAGGCCAAGGACAGUACUUGUAUGACCAACAAGGGGCAGAAUACAUCGAUUGCAUCAACAAUGUGGCUCACGUCGGGCACUGCCACCCUGUUGUGGUUCAAGCCGCACAUGACCAGAACCAGGUGCUCAACACCAACAGCCGCUUCCUGCAUGACAACAUCGUGGAUUUUGCGCAGAGGCUGUCGGAGACGCUGCCGGAGAAGCUCUGUGUGUUUUAUUUCCUGAAUUCUGGGUCAGAAGCCAAUGACCUGGCCUUGCGACUGGCCCGCCAGUACACAGGACACCAGGAUGUGGUGGUGUUAGACCAUGCUUAUCAUGGUCACUUGAGCUCCCUGAUUGACAUCAGUCCCUACAAGUUCCGAGACCUGGACGGCCAGAAGGAGUGGGUCCAUGUGGCACCUCUCCCAGACACCUACCGAGGCCCCUACCGAGAGGACCACCCCAACCCAGCAGAGGCCUAUGCCACCGAGGUGAAGCGUGUGAUCACCCGUGCUCAGGAGAAGGGUCGGGAGAUUGCAGCCUUCUUCGCUGAGUCUCUGCCCAGUGUUGGUGGGCAGAUCAUCCCUCCUGCUGGCUACUUCCCCCGAGUGGCAGAGCACGUCCGCAGAGCCGGAGGGGUCUUCGUGGCAGACGAGAUCCAGGUUGGCUUUGGCCGAGUGGGCAAGCACUUCUGGGCCUUCCAGCUGCAGGGGGAAGACUUUGUCCCUGACAUUGUCACCAUGGGCAAGUCCAUUGGCAAUGGCCACCCACUUGCAUGUGUGGCCACCACCCAAGCUGUGGCGAGGGCAUUUGAAGCCACCGGCGUGGAAUACUUCAACACGUUUGGUGGCAGCCCUGUAUCUUGCGCCGUGGGCCUGGCAGUCCUCGAUGUUGUGGAGCAGCAGCAGCUCCAGGCUCAUGCCUCCCACGUAGGCAGCUUCCUGAUGGAGCUCCUCAGGCAGCAAAAAGCCAAGCAUCCCAUCAUCGGGGACAUUAGGGGCACUGGGCUCUUCGUGGGUGUAGAUCUGGUCAGAGAUGAAGCCACAAGAGCACCAGCAACUGAAGAGGCUGAAUACCUGGUAUCCAGACUGAAGGAGAACUACAUCUUGCUGAGCACUGACGGUCCCGGGAGGAAUGUCCUAAAGUUUAAGCCCCCCAUGUGCUUUAGUCUGGACAACGCACUUCAAGUGGUGACAAAGAUGGAUGCCAUUCUGACAAAUAUGGAAGAGAAAGUGAGAAGCUGUGAGACGCUGAGGCUUCGCCCUAAGCCAGCUCGUUCUCCAGGUGAGCACCCUUGCUCCUAUGGCUUCUCACCAUCUGCAGCUACUUACUGGGCACCAGCGGCUCAUGCCUGUGAUCCUAGCAUCUCAAAGCUGACCUAGUAACCACAAGAAAACCACACGUGGCGCUGCGGUAGAUAGAGCACUAGCCUAGCGCAAAGAAGCUCAGACAGUGCUGGCACAAAGAAAAAGCUAUCCACUCACCUUCAACACUUUAGUUGCUGGUGUAGUAAAGGUGUAGAAUACGUAUGCCUAUCAGGUGCCACCAGAUCCGGAACAACUGUUGGGCCAGCUCUGAGUGUCUUGUCCCAUAGUGUCUGCAACAGCAUUUCCCACACUCACCCAGGCUUAGUAAGGGUUUUUAAAUUUUAUUUCAAAAGCUUGGAUAGCUUCAAUAUCCAGGUCGUGGCAAAAUCAGGACACGUGUAAAAUACCUUACAAUACAUUAGAUUCCCAAAAGGUACCAAAAAGUACAGUAAAAUUAACACUUCCAUUACAGGAAAUGUAUGA